AUGCGUGUCCGCAUGUCUGUGUGUCUGCUCCUGCGUCAUGUGAUACGCGAACAGGAGGCGAAAAGAGCAUAACAAAAACAUCAAUUACGAAACGCAACGCAAUGCAAGAGGCGCUGCCCGUGACGUUUAGCCUGCCCAGACAUGGUGGAAAUGGAGGACCUGGAGGAUAUGGAGGUUGGCUGCUGGUCAUGCUGAUGCUGCUCGUGGCGAUGACUCCACUGCACGCCAGCGAGGACGGACGCAACUCAAACAAACGCUACUCGGAUCAGAGCGUACAUGGUUACAUGACUGAGCGCACCUGCUGGUGGAACGAGGUGUGCAAGGAGGAGUUCCAAAAUCUGUUUCGGUGCAAGUGUCCCCAGUAUUCCUAUUGCCGCUCGCCAGGACGCUAUUAUAAUGCGUAUUGCUCUAUGACAGAUACCGGUUAUAUUUGGACGCAACUGGCGUUGGGCACCGUCGAGCGUUGAGUGCGUGACGUCAAACAUAUCAUAACAGUUAAAUUACCAACAACAACAACAAGAACAAGAACACCAAUAACAAUAACAUAGACCAGCACCAAUGGCAGCUACACUGACUGCUGAUAGUAUGCGACCAUUUACCAAGUGGACUACAA